AUGCCACCUAAAGGUUGGAGAAAGAAUGCUGAAGGCAAGUUUCCUCAAAAUAACAGAGAUCUAGAAAAUAUCUCCAUAGAUGAUAUACUAUUUCCGAAAUCGGUGAUUCAAAAACUCGCAAAGAAUAUAGUGCUGUCUGAAGAUGGAAAUAUGAUAAUCUCGAAGGACUCGUUGACGGCGUUGCAAAGAUCUGCUACGGUUUUUGUUUCUCACCUUAUGUUUCAUGCUCGCCUGGUUGCCAAAAAUGCCGAGAGAAAAACGGUAAACUCACUGGAUAUUUUGCAGGCAUUGGAGAAGGCAGAACUUACGGGAUUUGUGCCCGAAGUAAAGCAGAAGUUGGCAGCUUUUGAACAUAACGCCGAAAUAAAGAAGAAACAAAAGGCAGAAGCUAAAGCAGAAGCAGGCAAAGAUGAUGCAGAUGAGGAGCCUGCAACGAAGAAGUUGAAGGACAAUUUGGAACAAGGCGUGAGGCCAAAUAAUGAUGCUGACGGUGAUGAAGACGCCGAAAACGAAGUUGAAGACGACGACGAGACUGAAGUGAACACAGUAAAUGAGGAUGAUGAAGAGGUCGACGAUGAAGAUGGCGACGACGAUACGACGAGGGAAGAGAAGCCGCAAAGCCCAAUCACAUUGCUCAAUAGAGAAGAGAACGAAUUGGAAGGUAGUCAUAGCGAGAGAGAGCAGAAUGAUACAGCAGAUGGCGCUGAUGAAGAUGACGAAUGA